AUGGCCGCCUCAAUGUCGUCCUCCCUCUCCGCACUCUUGAAGAAAUCGACUCUCGACGACCAUGAACAGAUUCUAGACGCAAGCAAUAAAGCUCUUAAGUCAUCCAAGUCCGAUCUCGAAGCUCAGCAUGUCAAGGUUGUCGCACUUCUCAAACUCGAACGAUACCACGAUGCUGUCACGUUCAUUGAAGAAUCUGGAGAUGUAUUGAAGAAGAGGGUGGGAUUAGAAUAUGCAUAUGCCCUGUACAAGACGGGUCGCCUGGAAGAUGCCGCGGAGCUCUCAUCUAGUCUAAAGGAAAGAGGCGCCCGGCACAUUGAAGCGCAGUCCAGGUAUCGGCUUGAGGAUCCAUCACGAACCUUGGAGCUUUACAAGCGGCUGAGAAGUCAGAAAGUCGACUCUGAGGAUGGCGAUCUUCGUGUCAACCAAAGCGCCAUCCACGCGCAAGCCCAAUGGCUCGGUGUUGCGGACCCAGAGAUUCCACGAAGACCUGAAAGAGACGCUCUGACAGCCUUCGAAACAGCAUAUAAUGCCGCAUGCGGUAGCAUCGCCAGAGGAGAGUAUGCGCAGGCCGAGUUUCUGUUGAAACGAGCAGAAGAACUCUGCAAGCAGUCUGACGACUUGACUGAUCAACAGAAAGCAGACGAGCUCGUACCAAUACGUGCGCAGCAGCUGUACGUGCUCCUGUAUCUCGGAAAGGCCUCCGAAGCCGAAGCCCUCGCUGCCGGGAUCAAGCUCGAAGAAGCUUCGGAUCUAUCGACUCGAAAAAUUGCCGAAGUCAAUAUUCUUCUGACGGCCACGAUACUUAAUCCUUUUCUCGCACACAAGGCCUUCCACUCCACCACGAAGAUCCCGCCGGCAGAUAAGCUAUUCUCAUACCAGACUGUGCCUCUCGACUCAAAUAAACUCACCCUUGACCUGCAAGCUUUCAAGUUCCACGGAAUCAUCUCUUCUACCUCGAGAACCCUUCAGCAAAGUUCUUCCAUUUCUAUAUCUACUGGUGUGCUUCUCGCCUCCUUUUUCAAUGCGGCCGCUCACGCGAGAAAUGGAACCGGAAAGCCGGCGAUCAGGAGCAUAUUGCCAGAACUGGAGAGCAGACCCAACGACGUCGGGUUGAUUCUCACCCUAGUUCAAUUGUAUGUUCUGGGUGGUAACAUCACUUCAGCGGUUGAAUUGGUCGAGUCUUUCUUCAAUCGGCUGGAAGAUUCCACCGUUGAGACAGAGCAAGCCAUUAGAUUCGACCCCGUACUCGUAAGUGUCCUGAUCGGCUUGUACAAGAAGAGGGGCCAGGAUGCACAUCGCAAGGCAGAACUUGCAAAGGCUGCAGCGUACUGGACGACAAGGCCGAAUCCGCCAACAAGUCUGCUAGCAGCAGCAGGUACCUCGCUGCUGGAGUCACAGACUGAAGAUGAUGUCAAGUCUGCGUCGGCCAUCUUCAGCAAGCUUCACGAACAGCUACCUAAUGACAAGGCGACGAUAGCUGGAUACGUUGCGUCUCACGCGGAAAAUGGCGACUCGCAAUUUGCAGAGGAUGUCGAUAAGCUGACGUCCACGUCAGAGCUCACAGGGAACAUUGACGUCGACGCACUGGAAUCUGCAGGUAUACCACAAUCGUCGAACGCUCUUGCAAUAGCACAGCUGGGGCAGACGAGAAAGCGAGCUGCUCCCGAUAGUGUGAGCACCAGGCGCAAACGAAUUCGCAAGUCGAGGCUACCAAAGGACUAUGACGAGAACAAGAAGCCAGACCCAGAGCGAUGGCUUCCAAUCAAGGACAGGAGUUAUUACCGAGCACCGAAGGGCAAGAAGAAGGGCAAACGCGGUGGUGAUGAUAGAACGCAGGGUGGAGCAGUCAACGAGGACUUGAAUGUCGAAACAAAACCUUCCCCGGCUCCUACCGCCACCGCUUCUGGGGCAAGCAAGAAGAAGAAAAGCAAAGGAAAGAAAUGA